AUGCUGCGGUUUCGUCUGUUAAAUCAACUCCGGCAGAUCUGCAACCAUGUGGAUCUUUUCCGGGUUCGCCGCGAAGGAGGAGGGGCGGGGGGGCGGCGGGGGGGGAGUUUUCGCAGCAACCGCGCGGUCGACCUCGACGGGAGCGCGAAGUUGCGGGUCCUCGCGGAGAUGCUCGCGGAGUGGCGGGAACGGCGGCAUCGCGCGCUCGUCUUCUCGCAAACCCGCAUGAUGCUCGACAUCGUGGAGAACUGGUGUGAGCAGCAAGGGUAUCGCUACAUCCGCAUCGACGGCACCACCCCAUCCGCGCAUCGCCAGGAAUUGAUCGAUCGGUUUAACGAGGACGAUACGGUGUUUCUCGCGCUUUUAACGACGCGCGUCGGGGGGGUCGGGGUGAACCUCACAGGGGCCAAUCGGGUGGUGAUUUUCGAUCCGGAUUGGAACCCCACCACGGAUACCCAGGCACGCGAGCGCGCCUGGCGAAUCGGGCAAACCCGCGACGUCUGCGUCUACCGCCUGCUCACCAGCGGCACCGUCGAGGAGGCGAUGCUUCGUCGGCAACUCGCGAAAACGUACGUCGCGGAUAAAGUCCUCCAGGAUCCUCACCUCGAGCGGGUUCUCACGCAACCGGAGACGCUCGUGGAAGGGUUUUUUCUCGGCGCGGAGUACGACGAACGGGUGCCGGUGGGGAAGAAACACGUACUCGCGCCGGUCGAGCUCCAUACCGGCCUUCCACGCGGCCCUUUUUCGCCUGUUAAAAGGGAAACCCUCUCGGAAAAGGGGAAACCCAUGGAAAAGGGGGGAACGGAAACGGAAAAAAAAACCAUGGAGGCAGAGUUUGGGGAGCUUUGGGCAGGGGAUAACGACGACGACGUGGAAGAAGAGGAGGAAGGAGGGGAAGGGGAAGGGGGGGAUCCAUCGGAGGAUACGGCGUUGCUGCGGCAGAUUUUUGACGGCUCGUUGGAGGGGAUUUCCGGCGGCGAUGCGGAGGUGGAGCACCUCGCCCGACUACACGCGGAGCGCUCCCUCGCGCGAUUAACAAACGCCACGGAGGAAACGCGCCCUCGCCGCGAGGAGGCUUCCUAG